ACAUCUGCGCUACACAGAAAACAUCUCCCACUCAUCGGGAGAUGUUCUCAAUGCACGCUGAGAUGUGCAUGUGGGGCGUUCUAGCUCUUCCCACCACUAGUUCUGGCCGUCGCUUCUGAGCCACAAGCAUGGGAAACGGAGCACAAAGACAAACUUUUUGACAGCAAAAGGUUCAUCUGGAUUCUCUCCUUUUCAAAUCCACAGACAGCCUUCAAAUUCAAAGUGGGUUGGCUUCAGAUGCCCAUAUGAGAGGUUUGUCGCCUCAAGCGUCGAUUGUUUCAGAGGAGAUUCGAGUCGGUGAUGGAGUGACUCUACACCUCUCUAUUUAUAGAGAAGAAGGGAUGCAGUAAGUCUCAAUGGAGAGAGUCUGCAUUUCAGCGUUCCAAAUUUGCAGGUGAUCAUCGGUGGCUGGAACCCGGAAAGUCUGUAGCAGUGGAAAGCUUCCCUGUAAAUCAUCGCCUGAGAAGACGACGGUUCGACGGCUCUCCUCGAGCGAACCCGUUUCGACCAGAUCGAGCCCGUCGUUCCAACCCGCCGAGUUAAGCAAGUUAAUCCGACGCGUUACGUCGGGUCAACACGGCGAGGUGGGCCUAAUCGAUCCGUGUCGAUCCAGUCUGAAUCGGAUCAAACCGGACCGAUCCAGGCCGGACCAUAUUUGUUUAAUGGUCCGGUUCAGGGCCCUAUAUGGCUCAUAAUUCGAUAAAGACAUGGACUGGUAUAUCCUGGGAGGCUAUGAUGAUCCCAUUGAUCCAAAGCAUCAAGGACCAAUAGAUAGGUUUCCUUUACAGAACUAUCAUUCACAAUCGGGAGUUGCAACUUUAAAUGGCUUUGCCUCCACAAAUAAGUAUGGCAUUGGUAUGACAAAUCUGACUAGGGAAGAACUUGGUCUUGAUGGAAAAUUCAUACACAAUGAAGGUGAGAAUGGUAUUUAUGGUCAAUCUUCUAGUGGUUCCAGCAGUUGCAGAGGAUAUCCAAUGGUUGAUAACAAUAGAGAGAACCCAGAAGCUUCUUUAGACAGGAGAAAAGUUCCAUGUGGUCGACCUGAUUACCAGCUUGAAGGCUUAACUGGGACGAAUCGGAUGGAUGAUAUUUUCUUGAGUUUGUUAAUGGAGCAAAAUUUGUCCAACAUGGAAAAUUUAGCAAGUCCCGCUUCCACAUUUUCUGAAUCUGAAUGUAGCAUGAUUCCAUUUCAUGAUUUCUUGAUGGACAUGAUAGCAAAUUCACAGUGUAUUUCAAAGGAUCUGUCGGGUCAGUGCAAUUCAAUGAAUCAAAAAACACAUGCUUUUCCUCCAUCAACAAUUUGGAACAGAGUGAUGAAUAAUUCAUAUUUUCCUAGACCAUCCAAUUUGGAGCAAGCCAAAGAUUUUUCAAUGAAAAAGGCACCAUUGGACACAAUCUUGAACCCAGGUGAAAUAUGUAGCCCUUACAAAGCAGAUGGACAUUUGGAUGUAGAAAAUUCAGUGGAGGAAUCUGUGUUGCAGGAACUCAAAGUGGUCAUAACACAGGUUAAAUUGACCAAGCAGACACGAAUAUGCUUUCGGGAUGCCCUGUACCGCCUUGCCAACAGCAACAGGCAACAACAUAUGCUACCAGAUGGAGAAACUUAUGUGGACAAUACCUCUUCAGAAACAUUUGGUGAACUAUCAAGAUUUGGAAGAAUGACACCACCGGAACUUGGUAAAAGCUUCGUCGAUAGGACCAUUGAAAACCUAUUGUUUAAUACAUUGAACUGCACUGGGCCAAAUCAUUUUUCUCAGCAUCAACAAACCUUAGAAGAGAACCUCUGGCUGCAACUGGAUCAUUCAACUAUAGCUUGAAUCAGACAUCAAUCCUUGCUGAUCCUUCUCCAAUGUUACGAAGUCUUGCUGAAGUUCCAACCUUUUGUAGUGAGUUUGUAUAAAGAUUUCAACAAUAGGUCAAUACCAAGACUAGAAUAAAUCAUCAUUCAAGAAUCAAUUACACUGAGCAAUUGAAUAGGUGAUUUAGCAAUUUUAUUGUAAUUAGUAGUGAAAAAAGGUAUUAUAUUAGUCAUCCAAAUUUGCAUUUGAUUCUA